CAUAGUAGCUUAGGGAAAGUCCCGCAUGCAACUCAACCCCAGGGGCAAGGUAUAUAAUAUAUACAUAUUGCAUGCUUUGAUGAAAAGCGUUUUGAUCAAACACGGUUUUUCAAGACAAAAGUUUCAACACAUUUAAGACUCUAAACAAGAAACAACUUCCAACUUUGCAUGAAAUAAUGCGUCGUUCCUUAAAAUACAUCGUUUUCGCUGGCACAACUGUAUUAUCAGGCAGUUUACUGUACACUGGAACACGUAGAAAUGACUUCGGAACUUUGUAUGCCGCAGCAGAUGUCACAGCAGCUGACUUCCUGAGGUCUGGGCUGACUCAAGAGAGAAAAGCAUGGAAUAAGAACUGGGAUUUUCGUGACACAAAUAGGACAAGAACAAAGAGUUCUGACAGAAGUCACAUUCCAUCUUUGAGUGAAUACACCAGUGGAACAGAUGAGCAAAAGCCUGGUUUAGAGAGAUCUAGCGCAACUAGACACUUGGUGUUCAUACGACAUGGUCAGUAUGUUAAAGCUGAUGAAGAUAAGGACAAAAUUUUAACCCAAUGUGGCAGGAAACAAGCAGAAGAAACUGGAAAGAGGUUGAAAUUAUUACACACCAACCAAAAGAUUGAUAAACUUGUUAUUUCAACAAUGACUCGGGCAAAGGAAACUGGAGGAAUUAUUCAAAAGUUUCUGCCUAACGUUCCAUAUGAAUAUUGUGAUUUCUUGAGAGAAGGUGCACCCUGUGUACCCGAACCAGUCUCAUCAUCAUGGAAGGCAGAAGAUUAUGAUGUGUUUCAAGAAAGCGCUCGUAUUGAAGCAGCGUUUAGAAAACACAUUCACAGAGCCGACCCAGAGCAAAAGACGGACAGCAUAGAAGUCUACGUUUGUCAUGCUAAUGUCAUUCGCUACUUUAUUUGCAGGGCUUUACAGUUUCCGACAGAAGGCUGGCUACGAAUGAGCAUUGGCAAUUGUGGGAUAACGUGGCUGACUAUCAGACCAAAUGGUCACGUUUCUCUACGCAAUAUGGGCGACGUUGGACAUCUUCAUCCUGACCUGAUCACGCGAAGUUAAUAUUUCCAAAAUCACAAAUAAAAAGAAAUUCAAUUUACGAUUGAUUCUGUCAACUGUCAACUGUCAAGGACAUCAGUUGCGCGCACGAAACUACGUGAAACUUUGAUGUGUAGUUAGGAUUACUAUUUAUUAUAUUCAUAUAUUUAUUUCUUGUGCGGACAAUUGUGCGAUUUAAACUAAUAUUGAGUUGGAAAAGGAAAAUACUUAAUCUAUUUUGUAGUCUCUGUGUUUUAGGCCGCUCAGGUUUUGAAAAAAGCGUUGUAAGAAUUAUAAC